CCCCGCCCCGCGCCCCGCGCCCGCCCCGCGCCCGCCCCCGCCCCGCAUCGCCGACCCACCCGGACCUCCGCGAGGAAAUGGAGGUCCUGGCGGCAGAGACCACAUCUCAGCAGGAGCGGCUCCAAGCCAUUGCAGAGAAGCGGAAGCGGCAGGCCGAGGCGGAGGCAAAGCGCCGGCAGCUGGAGGAUGACCGUCGGCAGCUGCAGCACCUGAAGUCCAAGGCGCUGCGGGAGCGCUGGCUGCUGGAGGGAACACCAUCCGCGGCCUCGGAGGGCGACGAGGGCCUGAGGAGGCAGAUGCAGGAGGACGAGCAGAGGGCGCGGCUCCUGGAGGAGUCCAUCGGCAGGCUGCAGAAGGAGAUUGAGGUGCUGGAGGGCGCAGGCCUGCCCGCUGCCGCCGCCGGGGAGAGGCCCGCCGCCCCGAGCCCAGCCAAGGACCAGAAGGCAGACGUGGUGUUGGAGUCUGAGCAGGCCCCGGUGGGCACGCCCAAAGAGAAGCGAGUCUCCAACACGCCCGUGAGGCCGGUCGAAGGCUCCACCCUGAUGAAGGCAGCCAUGUACUCGGUUGAGAUCACGGUGGAGAAGGACAAGGUGACUGGGGAGACCCGGGUGCUGUCCAGCACCACCUUGCUCCCUCGGGAGCCGCUCCCUCAGGGCAUCAAGGUCUACGAAGACGAGACCAAAGUGGUCCACGCCGUGGACGGGACUGCGGAGAACGGGGUCUGCCCGUUGAGCUCCUCCGAGGUAGACGACCUCCUUCACAAGGCAGACGAGGUCGCGCUGAGCGAGGCCGGGUCCACGGCUGGGACGGCGGAGACCCGGGGGGCGUCCAAGGAGCCGGUGCAGAGCACACCGUCCCGGCGGGAGAUCCCCGGAGUGCAGGCGCAGCCGGGAGAGGCCACGUCCGGCCCGCCAGGCGUCCGGCCCGGCCAGGAGCCUCCGGUCACCUUGAUCUUCAUGGGUUACCAGAACGUGGAGGACGAGGCCGAGAGCCAGAAGGUGCUGGGUCUUCAGGACACCAUCACGGCCGAGCUGGUGGUCAUUGAGGACGCGGCGGAGCCCCCCACCGCCGCGGGCUCCAGGGAAGAGAACCAGGUGGGGCCCGAGGCCCCCGCCAGCGACCCCCAGGACCUCGACGCGAAGAAGCAGCGCUGUAAAUGCUGCUCCGUCAUGUGAGCGCCCCGGCCCCCCAGCCCCCAGCCCCGCCCUCCACACCACAGCCCCCCACCAGCCCGGCCCCGGCGUCUGCCCCCGCCACCCGCAGUCACGGGCCCCAGGACGUGCGGUUGUCCCUUGUUCCUUCCGAGGUUUCUUCUGUUGGAGAGAGAGGGACAGGGGUCCCCCACCCCAUCACCCCCGACACCCCCAAACCACUGAGCCGUGCACCUACGUCUGGUAGGAGAGAGACAUGGACAGACCCGCUUUCCCCGAAAUGAAGGCCCCCCCCACGCCACGGCAGCUCCACAAAACGGCCCCCAGCCCCAGCGGUCCUGGCCGGGAUGACCGGGGGCCUCGACGCGCCCCGGGCCAGCCCGCCGCCCUCUGGGCCUCCUGCCUGUGCCUUCCUGCCACCUCCAAUGAGGUCCCUGAGGGGACGUCCCGCUGGAGAGGGACCCGGAGAGCCGAGGGCUCCUGGGAGCACGCUCUGUCCCCGCUUAGCCCCUGGGAGUGGGGCUUCCCGGCCAAAGCUCUGGUGUCCAUAGCUUGGACAGUUGGGGUAAGGCCAUGCCUCUCUGGGGAGUCUUGGUCAGAGGUCAGGUUCAAGGCCCCUCUAGGCAUCCCCAGCCUGAUGCGCUCCUCCCCCCAUGCCCUCUCGGGGCGUGGCCAGUGGGUGAUGGAGCCUGGGAAGGGAGAGCCCCCCCAAUAUCCCCCCCAGGCAGGAGGGGUCCGUGACCCCUGCACUGUGUCCUGCAGGCCGGGCCCUUCGAGCCGCCCCUUGCAUAAGGCAGGCCCCUAUGAGCCACUUCCUGUCCUAGCUCCGACUCCCAUUGGGCCCUCCUUCCUCCUGGUGCUAAUUUGGGGACCCUGGGGGGCGGCCCAGGACCUGCUUGGACCAGGGCGCUGGGUCCCUCCAGCCGUACCGCAGAGAUCAGGCCACUGCCGGCUCCACUGGGCUUGGCACAUUUCGGGCAGCGGCGGGCGCACGCAGCCCGGGGCAGGGGGCUUCCUCAGCAGAGUCCCCUGCGCUGCCCACCCGACGUGAGCCUGUCCCCCUCUGGCCAGGAGGGGUGAGGGGUUCCCCCCGGAUGCAGCCACACAUGCCCCCAGAGGCACAUCUAUGCGCACGCUCACAGACCCACACCUGUGGGCUGUGGCCCGUGAGGCCCCAUCUCGGCCCGCCCCGGGGGCCUCCGGCCUGGUGCCAAGGGCAGGUGCAGGGCCCACCUCCGGCCGCAGCCUAGACCCCGACUCAGCUCUGCCCCGCGGUGGCGGGGGGGGGGGGGCGUCUCUGAGGUGACCCUGGGCAGUGGCCGUGGGACCCCUCCUCCUUGAGUCCUUGAGCUGUGAGCGUCCGCGGAAGUGCCCCUCUGCUUUGAUGUGUGACAAGGCCCUGAUGUUCUUGACUUUCCCAGAGAAGCAAAUAAACCGUGUGAACAGCC